UUAAUUGAAAAGCUCACUCAUCCUACAACACAGAAAAACAGAAAGAGAAUAAAAUAAAUUAAAUACAAUGAAAAUUUCGGUACUAUUUUUGCUGUUUCUUUUAACCUUUGCAACUAUUGUGAGUUGUUCGCCAAUGCCAGAUCCUGGCCCUCAAUCAAAAGCUCCCAAAAACGGCAAAGGCAAUAAGAGAAUUAGGAAGGUUGCUCGAGGUCCCUUCGACUUAUUUAAUCGACUGCUCUAUAAAUCUUUGCUUAUCGAUGAAAAGCAUCACUACGUUCUUUCACAUAAGUACGGAUAAACAGGAGGAACAAACAAACUGCGGAUGAAUCCAUUUCC